AUGCAAGAUAUUAAAUAUAGACAAUUUCAAGCCCAUGAAAACACCUAUAUCUCCUCCUUCUCCAUAAUCGAAAACAGUAACUUCAUCUUAACAGCCGGAGGCCGAGAUUCCACCAUCAGAUUACAUUCCCUCACCGAAGAUGCAUCCACCUCAAUUAUCGUUCGAGAAGCCCCCCAAAAUAAAAAUUAUUCAAUAGUAGAUUCAUCAGAUAUGUGUAUUGGUAGUAUGGAUGACAAGAUUGAGAUAUUCGAUUUAGCCAAAACCACCCCAGUACGAAUCUUGGAUAAUACCCCUAAUGACCCGACUCAUAAUCGAACUAAUUUUGUUAUUGAUGCCAAAAUCUUGAAUAAGAAUAUGUUGGUUACUUGUGGGAACAAUCAUACGAUGAAUAUGUUUGAUAUAAGAAUGAAUGUAGUCCAUGGCACUAAUGGACCAUUUACUUCAAUAGCAUUAGGUGAGAGACUGUUAUAUAGUAUUGGAUAUCAUGGAUAUAAUAUUUGUUGUUCUGGUGAAGAUGGAAGAAUAUAUACUAUGGAUUUAAGAAAUUCAGAAGUUAUAUGUGAUCAAGUUUCAAAUUAUCCAAUCUUGAAAAUACAUCAAUAUCCUAAUGAUUUAACAUUACUGUUUGAUUUAUAUGGACAAGUGAGAUUAUUUAAUAAUAGAUCGGGUUUAACUUCAUGUAGUUAUAAUAUUAAUGAACCCGUAAGGAGAUUAACUCAUACUUUUGAUUUACAAAUGAUUCCCGAAAGAAAUUGUAUUAUAAAUAGUACAAAUAUUGGUGAGAUUCAAUUUUAUUCGGUAAAUAAAGAUAGAACUCAAGUCAGGAAGAGAACAACAUUGAAAGCGGUAGUAGAUCAGAAUCAAAUAAGUACCAAUUACUUAAAUGGUAUGAAAUUUGAUCCUGUUGAAAAUAGAGUUAUUGCAUCUGGUGGAACUGGAAUCAUUCAUGUUUGGGAUAAUGUUUUUGGUUGA